AUGGCCCCGGAGACAAUCCUCCGCCAAGUUAUUACUACUGCGGAAAGGAAGAGGAAGAAGCUAGCUUCUAAGGAAGGAGCCCAGGGCGAAGAAAACGAGGAGAACACCAUUCCGGAAGAUCUUGAGGCAGUACUGAAUAAAAAACCGCGAAUGGCAACAAAGGAGGACAGGCAAGCAAGAGAAGAAGAUGAUAUACCGCCCCCAAAGAGAAAGGGUCGCAAUCCGAAGACACGAUCAGCAGAAGAGCAGUACUUUCAAGAACAGCUUUUAAAGUCUCCCGAGCGACAGCAGCUUGUUUUACAGCAUCUCCAGAAAGGCUAUGGAGGUUCGAAGAGAAGGAAAGCCUUUGGAGAUGUGCGGAGGGUCAAUAUUGUGGGCGAGGACUUAUGUGAUGCUAUCUUGGAAAGGAUGAAGCCAUCGCUAGCAAAACAUGAAGGAUGCGAUAUAAUCGACGUGAACCCCGGCGCUGGAACUUGGUCACGCAAACUACACGAGGUUUUGAAGCCUCGAACCCAUAUCCUCAUGGAACCCGAUACCGAUCUAUACCAACCCUUGUUGCAGCCAUUGCUCGACGCCGAAGACUCCAAGUACGUAUUAUUCCCAAAACCAGGAGUGAUAUGGGCACAUCUCGAACGCGUACUUUCGGAGAAACACCUUCCCCACCAGAAACCCCUGCCCCAGGGCGAUCCCCGCUUGGAGCAGCCUAAUGACACCCUUCUAUUUGUUGCAAAUUUAUGUUACCACCCGAAGAGAGCUUUCAAGGCGUUUGGUUCCCUUACCACCCUGGUUCUCCAUCAAUUGAUGAGCGCCGUACGAUCGCACUCGCUCUUUCACAAAUACGGCACGGUGCGGAUGUUGAUCUGGGUCACCGAUGAGGAGAGAUUAACCCCACUUCCUAAGCACGUUGCAAUGAGGAAGAAGGCAUCCCUCGAGAGUGAAAUAUCAUGUGGAAAGAUCGAAGAAGUUGCAUCUUCAGGGAGACCCAUAGGUGUUUUUCGGAGAGACGAUCGACUGGACGCCGAGCAGACUCUGAAGGUCCUUGCCAACAUGGAGAGGUUGGGAAUCAGUACUCCCAAGGGCCGGGAAACCCCCAUGCAAAAGCAUUUAUUGGAGGAAAAGGACAAGAAACGCGACACGUCCGAUUGGGUCGAUGAUGAUAGAGUAGGGAUCCAGUAUCACAAGGUGAUAGUCGACCUGGAGGCUAAAUUUGCAGCCGGCGAGUUCCAGAAAUAUUCAGAUGUCCCUAGAAAUCCACUACCAUCAAAAAAAGAGGAAUCGGGCCUGGGGGGAAGAAAGGCCCGGUCUCGGGCACCUUUCGAAUUAUCACCCGAAUGGCUGCUGUUGAACAGACUGCGCUCUCGCAAGAAAACAGAGGUGAAUAGAGGCGACGUCAUGUUACAGUAUGCUGCAAGGAACGACGAAAUCAUGGAUAUGCAACGGGAAAUCUACAAUCUCAAGGGCCCGGAAUAUGAGACACGCCGCCAAGAGCUCUUUCAACUCACAAGAGAGUUCAAAGAUGAUGUUGAUAAGCUACCAGGACAUCAAACCCGAGUCAUGAUCGGGACUCAUAUCGACAAUGAACACCUUCUUCGACACAACCCCCCAGGUCUCUUGUUUGAUAGAAGAGAAGUAGAGCCGCUGAAGGUUGAGCGCAGCGACUUCUUCCCGCAUCACGAACUCGCCUUGCUCGACUUCCAACCGCAGGCCAUCUGGCCUGUUUUACGAAAAGACUAUCCUGCCAACUACGAUGUAUUUGAGUACAUUGUUGCGACACUCUUCCUAUUCCCAGGCCAAUCGGUCGAAAUGGGUCUCAAAGCCCUCUGGCCUGGCGCUUACGAGUGGCUUGUGCCCGUAUGCCCCACUCUAACCAACCCCUACAAAGGUGGUGACAUGGAUCUGUCUCGUUUCUCGGUGCGGUGUCUGAGCAGUGAGAUGCUGAAGGAGAUUAUGGAGGGGUGGGACAAGUGGCCUUGGAGGCCUUCUAGGAUUGAGCUGUUGGGCCAAUUGAACUCGUAUGAGUCUGUGGACAAAGAUGAUGUAAUGAAAGAUGGUGAUAUGGCUCACGGAUUGUAG